UAUACACACAACAUAUUCUUGAGCUUCCAAUUUUCAAAAAAAAGCUUACAUUUUUCUUGAUGGGCUUUUUGAAUUUGCAAAUGGGUAUUUGUUUUUUUGUUCUUUUACUUACUUUGAGCUGCACUCUUGUGGAUUCACAAAUUGAAAGUAGAAAAACUGUAAUUCAAGGAAGGAUUUUUAUUGAUGGAAAAAGUGCCAUUGCAAAGAUUGAUAGUGACUUUAUUUGUGCUACUAUGGAUUGGUGGCCACCAGAGAAGUGUGAUUAUGGUACUUGUAGUUGGGGCCAUGCUUCCCUUCUCAAUGUGGAUCUAAACAACAAAAUUUUUCAGAAUGCCAUCAAAGCUUUUUCAAGAUUAAAGAUUAGAUUAGGAGGGACUUUGCAAGACAAAGUUGUUUACCAAACAGAAAAUAAUCCGAAACCCUGCAUCCCAUUCUUGAAAAACACCUCAGAGUUAUUUGGUUUCACUGAGGGAUGCUUGCCUCUAUACAGAUGGGAUCAAUUAAGCAAUUUCUUCCAAGAAACAGGGGCUGAAAUUAUAUUUGGAUUAAACGCACUUGCUGGCAAAACAAUACAAGCUGAUAAUUCAGCAGUUGGACCUUGGGACUCUGCAAAUGCUGAAUCUUUGAUGCGUUACACGGUUAAGAAGAAUUACACCAUGUAUGCUUGGGAGCUUGGGAAUGAGCUGUCUGGAACUGGAGUUGGAACAAGAGUAACAGCAAAUCAGUAUGCUUUCGACACAUUGACCUUGCGAAACAUAGUUCAAGAAAUCUAUAAAGGUGUCGAGCCUAAGCCACGGAUAAUUGCACCUGGUGGUUUCUUUGAUGCCAACUGGUUCAAGGAGUUUGUAGACAAAACACCCGAAACCCUAGACAUAAUCACUCACCACAUAUACAAUCUUGGCCCAGGAGUUGAUCAACAUCUUGUUGAAAAGAUACUCGACCCAUCAUAUCUAGAUGGGGAGGCUGAUACUUUCAAGCAACUUCAGAAUAUCCUCAAGACUUCUAUAACUUCAGCUUCUUCUUGGGUUGGUGAAGCUGGCGGGGCUUAUAACAGUGGACACAAUCUCGUCACUAAUGCAUUUGUGUUCAGUUUCUGGUACUUGGAUCAGCUAGGAAUGUCAGCUGUUUAUGACACAAAAACAUACUGCAGACAAACUUUGAUUGGAGGAAACUAUGGUUUACUCAACACUACAACCUUUGAGCCAAAUCCAGAUUACUACAGUGCUCUUCUUUGGCAUCGGUUGAUGGGUAGAAAGGUUCUUUCUACAAACUUCAAUGGGACGAAGAAAAUUCGAGCUUAUGCACAUUGUGCCAAAGAAUCUAAUGGAAUAACAUUACUACUGAUCAACCUUGAUAACAAAACGACAGUUGAUGUAAGCUUAUCUUUAAAUAGCACUUGGAGGGUGCAUAAACUCAAAUCUUCUCACCAUCAUCACCAUAAAGCAAACAAGUCACGUAACUCUAAGAUUGGUGGAUUAAACACACGGGAAGAAUACCAUUUGACAGCCAAAAACAGAGAUUUACACAGUCAAGUAAUGAUGCUUAAUGGUAAAGAGUUGGCAGUAAAUUCAUACGGGGAGAUACCACCAUUAGAGCCUGUGUAUCUGAAUUCUUCAGAGGCCAUUAGUGUUGCUCCCUUUUCUAUUGUGUUUGCUCAUAUACCACAUCUUACUGUGUACGCUUGCAACAAUUGAGAUGCUAAAACAUAGAUGCAUACGUGGAAUGGAACUGAAAAUCAGUUCCAUUUUGGUUAUUGAUUUAUAGUUAUAUUCGAUAGUGCUAUUUUUUUUUUUAUCAA